AUGCGUAAACAUUUGCUUCUUUUCGCGAUCCUACAUGUUGCUAAUGUGGCAAAUGGCUCAGUCCAGCAACUGACAGAUAUCGAUCGAAGAAAUCUAGAGCCGGAAUCAGUGGAAAUUGUCGACCUUUUACCACUAGUCCAGCAUCCAGAUGAUGUAGCAAAACGCUUUGAUAUACCUGGCGUGGAUCUUGAUUCGGUGGCCGACGAAGUUUGGGGCAAGGUCAAGAGCGAGGUUGCCGAUGCAGUAGAUGCAGCCAAGAAGACAUUUGAUGAUGCUGUAAGCACGGCCAAGGAGACUCUGGACAAAGCUGUCGCUAUGGCCAAGGAAGCGAUCGAAAAGAUCAAGGACGAGGUCGAGAAGAUCUGGGAAGAAGUCAAGAAGAAAGUGGCCGAGCUCGAAGACAAGGUCUUUUCGGCGAUCCAUGAUUGGAUCCAUGAUCAUAUCGUUGAGCCCUUGAUAAAGCUCCUGGUCAUUAUUCUCGUCAUUCUGCUGUUUCUACCGACUUGGUGGCUCAUACACAUCAUCGCCAAGCUCUUCGAUAGUACGCGCAAGACCAGACCGGCGCCUCAGCAGAAUGUUGAAAUGCAGUCCUGGGACGAAGGCAUCAUCAACGGUGGGAUUGUGCAGCCAUCACGUCCCAAAAAGAAUUGGGCGUAUUACGUGGUCCGGAGCUGGGAAAAAUAUGGGCUGGGUGCCGUGUGCCUGUUGUGUCCAUUCGUGGGUGGGUUUAUAUCAUGGCUGGAGGCGCGGAAGGUGCCGAAGCUGGACCGCAAAAUGCGAGGACUGCGUGGAGAUGUUCAAGACCUACAGCUUGAGAUACAGGCAUUAAAAGCUUGGAGAGCGGGGCAGGAGAAGUCGAAGAGAGAAGAGGGGAACAAGCUGAGGUCUGGGACAGAUCGUCAGAAUUGGUAA